CAUCCGGUUCCAUAAAAGGACCAAACCUAACCACAACCCUUUUUUUAAUCUUUCACCAAACAAGCCAAGGUUGCUUUAUAAGGUAAAAUAGUUAUUAGUAGCCAUAGCUAUAUACCUUUCAAUUCCUUCUUCCAUGGCUUCCUCUUCUCACUCGCACCCCCAUAACCACUUCAAAAAUACCAACAAUUUUGUUGAGCAAGAAAAGGAACAUAACUCUCAAAGACAUGUACAAGAAGAAGAAGAAAAUUGGCUCAAGUUAGGGUUGGGGCUAGGAAGAAAUGAUGACAUCAUCAACACAUCGUCAUUCAAUAAUCAAGUAGUUCAUCAUCAUCAUCAUCAUCAUGAUGGAUCAAACAAUAAUCCACAAGUUUUAUUAUGUUCUGAUUCCUCAUCAUCCCAUAUAGGAAGCCAUGGUGAACAUCAUCAUCAUCAACAAGAAAUGCUGAAAUUAGGGUUAGGGUUAGGGUUUCAACAAGAUUCAAUGUUAUUAGGAUCUAUGGAGGAGAAGAUGAUGAUUGAACCUACUAUUAGUUAUGGCAAUAGGUUAUUGGGGUCAUCUAAUAAUGAUGAUGAUGAUGAAAAUGGAUCAUCAUGGCAAAUUGAUUCAACUUGUGGUGGUGGUGGUGGUGGUGAUUUUCAUCAUUACAACAAGUGUGGAUUGUGGUUUACGCUACGUUCAUCUACCAACCGAAGAGGAGAAGCUUUGCCUCAGAUACCAAAGGCGUACAUUAGAAUCAGGGACGAAAACAUGACGGUCUUCAUGGUUAAAAAAUAUCUUGUUAGAAAACUUGGUCUCUCCAACGAAGCUGAGAUUGAUAUCUUAUGCAUGGGUGAAAGCUUAUCGCAGAUACAAACAUUGAAGCAAGUAAGAGAGGCUGUUUGGAUACCUAGAUUGGUAGAAUCUUUAGAUUCAACAACUUUCACCCUUGGAAAUUCCAAUCAUAAUAAUAAUGAUGAUUAUAUGUCUUUAAACCAUAUAAUGUCUUUGCUUUACCGAAAACAUUGCUUUUUAAAUUAG